AUUUAUUUAUAUAUUGGAAUUAUAAUAAAGAGGAUUGGCGUAAGAAGGAAAGGUAUGAAAUAUUAAGUCAACUUAUAUAGUAUUUAUUAUAUAUAUAAAAUUAAAUGAGAAGAAUAUAUUUUUGAUAGGGAAAAUCAGUAAUGCAGAAUAAUGUCCCUAGAAACACUGUAUUAAUUUAUUUUUACAGUCUUACUCUUUAACUUCAAAAUGAGACAAUAUACUACAAGUCUCAUUUAUAAUUGGCCAUUAGGCUUCAUUUUGUCUUAAUGUAUACAAAAUUUUUAAGCAUCAAAACUUUUUCUCAGUGAAUGUAGCCUAAUAAGUCAAUCAGUUCAUCCUGCCAGUUUCCAUAACAAUGAUCUCCAUUUGCCUAAUAUUAAAGUGUUCUCUUAUUCCAUGAGCCUUGGUAGCGCCAAAAAAGUAUGUGUUGUCUACGCAUGCUAAAAAUUAAAAGUUUAAGUUCUAUUUGACAAUAUUUGAGAACUGUAUCUGGCAACUUAUUUUUUCCAAUGACACUAUGAUUAUUUAAUUAAGUAACUAAUUUCAAGUCUACUUUUCUUAAGAAUAUGAGUCCAAGAGUAUUUCAAGUCAAAUCAAGUAUAUUUGUCAAAAAGUUCUUUGAUAACAUGUACAAUGUAUUUAUUAACAUGAAGGAAUUGGAUGAUAUGCCAAUCCCUCUCGCGCCUCUCCUCGUAAUCGGCAAUCGUUACAUUUUUAAUUGACCUCUUAUCCAGUCAUAAUAUUAAAUUGAGACAAAUCUAGGUUUAAAAUGUUUAUGGUACCAUUUAUGAUGGUAUAACAGUAAUAAUUAUCAGUUUCCUGAGACACUAUAACUAUUGACACAAUGCUCAUGUUUGUCUAGUCAAGUGUCCGAUUAUUCAUUAAAUGAUACAAACACUUAAUGUGUACCUUAUUUUGAGGUAGAAUAUAUAGGUGUUUGUCAGUUCAAUUUGUUUAUUACUAUUAAUAACAAACUAUUUUUACUUAUGAAUAAAAAGCUAAUCCCUUUUUAUACUUUCUUUAAUUUUGGGGUUCUUAUUAUAAGUAUAAUAUUCAAUUUUUGGAAUAUAUCAAAGUAUAUGGAUAGGUCACAACUAUAUACAUUCUCAUACUUUAAAUACGUUUUAUUGUCAAUUUUAAGUUUCAUAUAUUUGGUCCAUAAGUAUUCAUAAACGUUUUCUUUCAUAUUUAUAUGUUUAGAUUCAUUUUGUCAUCAUUAUCCUUUAUUUAAUACAAUAUACUUUUCUAAUAUUAUUAACUCUCUAGCCGCGGAUAAUUUCAAAAACGCAGACGAAAGUUUAUACUGAUUUAUUACAAAAAAAAUUAUAAUAGAAUACGAAAAAACGUAAUAAAAAUAAUAGAAGAUAAAGAAAAUGUGUUUAUCAUUAAAUGUGUUCUUGAGUGUGAUAUAGUUCAAAAUAUGAGCCAGUAGGUAAAUCAACAUUAGAAUUUUUAAAAAUUCAAGUGACGUGUUUCCGCGUUGCUCGCGGAUAGAGGGUUAAGCUAUUCACGUGGUAUAAUGUAUUACUGUGGUUAGGCAUUAUAUUUACUAUUGAAAAGAUCUGGUUAUUCCUGGUUUUUCAAUUGAGUCGACUAAAUUCAAAUAUAGGUAAACUAGACCUUUUUUGUACAGAUAAUUACUUUCAAUUCAUAAGUUUCUUGAUUUUUGCAAAUUACUUCUAAUACUUCAUUCUAUGUGAUCUAAUGUUAGGUUGUAUGAUAUAAAAUAAUUAAAUUGUUUUAGUUUACUAUGUAGGUCCUAUCUAUGAUGUAAUGCAAUUUUUCUAUGUUAUAUGUAGUAUUGACAUAGAAACAAGUCAUUGGGUGCAAUUCGUGACUAUGAGAGCAGGUAGAGUUUUCAUAAUAUCUGAAAAAUUGAACAAGAAAUUUAGAUCAAAUGUCAGCUCACUUUCUAUCUACUUUAUAGAAGCAUAAGCUGCUUUUAUCCUGUUUCUUACAUAGUCUUGUAAUUGGCACUGUGUUUGUAUCAAAUCAGAAGUAAAUCCUUUGCAUGUGACACACACAUUUGAUAUUUACAGCACAUGUGUUAUAGUCUAUGUUAAUUAAAACAUCUCUAAUUUUGUUAUUUGAUAUUGUAUAUGCAAAAUAGAUAUACCUAAGAGUUUAAAUUCUUGACAUUUAUUUCCACUACAUUUGAAAUAUCAUUCAGAUGUUUUAGAACACUCUGAUAUUUACCGCUAGAAUAGUUUGUAUAGGACUUUGUUUCUGUGAAUUUUAAAUAAUCUGUUUUGAACAUUGUGGAGAUCUUAAACGUUCCUGGAUACUUAAGGUUUCCUUUUGCUGCUGAGCCAGGGUUGGUGCUAUUACCUUCUUCACAUAAUAAUUUCCUUUUAGCCAAAUAAUUCUUAUAAGACUUAGGAAAUUUGGAGCAGGUAAUCUAUAUUCACCAUCUGAGACAACUUAUUUUUUCAUGAUUACCUGCUACUUGAAGGGUAUAAUUAUAAUUUUAAAAUUCUGUGACUGUUUUUAUACUUGAGAGCUUGUUAAUGAUUGUUAAAGAAAUGUUCUGUUUAUUAUUGAAAUUUAUACUAUUGGCCACAAUUUUAUGUCUCCACUUAUACCAUGCAACAGUUUUAUUUUAUUUAUUUUUAAAAAUGAUCAACACUGUUAAUAGAUUCUACAAAGGUGAAUCUAAAUUACAUGGUAAUAUAUAUAGUUGUGUAAAGGACGGUUUGUUCUACUAUUGAUUCAUCAUCAGCACCAUUGUUUUUGAAACUUUCAUUUGUUUUGUAAUAUGCUUCUCACUCCAUCGCAAUGAUCGUUAGUACUAAAUGUAAAACAUGGAUAAUCUUACCAUACUCGUGAAUGUACUUCAAAUUUUUUUUCUUCUUGGACAUAAAACACCUAUCUCAGCUACAUUCAUAAAAGACUCAUUUUGGAGUGUAUGACAUUUACACUGGUUGUCUAUUAGGCAUAUCUACUUACAUUUUACAACCUCAUAAUAGGACACUACAAUCAUGCUUAAUACAGUCAAAUGUUAGUUGUUUCAAGCAUAUAUAUAAAAAUAUAGUUUGUAGAAAAGUGUUUAGAAAGAUAAAAAGAGUUAAUAAUCAAUCAUUUAUUGGAAUGAAAAAAAUAAUAAGUUUAGUGUAAAAGAAUUUGUUGAAAAAAGACAGUAUUCAAUAACAUUGUGAGAAUAAAGAUUAGACUAUUAUGGUUUCAAUGCGUGCCUUUCACUCAUGGAUUUGUGUGAGUUAUAUAUGUACAUACUGUAUGUUAAUAAUAUAUUGCAGACUAUAUUUGUAUGAAGUGAUGAUGAUUCCUAUAGAAUACAUAUAAUUAAAGUAAAAAUUCUUAUAGUAAAUAUGUGUUGCAUAAUAUUAUAUGUAUGAAAACUCCAUCUUUCCAUUACUAGUAUACAAGUUUCUAUCUGUUUUUGUUUAUUUAUUAAAUUGCUUUAUUUUAAAUUUUACGUUACUUAAAAUUUUAUAGUGUUUAAAAUGAACUUAAUUUUUAAAAAAGUAAUUGUCAACUUUUAUACCAAAAAUAUAUUAAUUAUUUUAAUGCAAUUGUAAAUAUUUGGCAUUCAGUUUUGGAAUUUCAACUUUUUUUAAUAAUACUUGAUAAGUCUGUACUUAAUUUAUUCAAUAAUAUCAUCCUUGUUGACAGAAAUAAUUUUUUUUCGAGUAAUAUAUCACAGAAUUAGUUAAACAAUUUUCUAGGAAUAUAACUAUGUUCUGAAUUGGUAGAAAUUUUAGGCAAAUAUGUACUCUUUUUACUAUUAAAUUCAGUGUACAAAAUUUACGCGACAAUAUUAAAUGAAAUAAUUAAAAAGAAUAUAGAUAAGAAAGGGAUACUAAAUGAGACACAAGCUGGUUUCAGGAAAAAUAGUUUACUGUUCAAUGCGCAGACAGAUCUAUAUUUCAUUGAUAAUAUACAGAAAAUAUAGGUCUGCUGUUAUUGAUGUACAGAGCAUGUAAGCUGUUGUCUGCAUUGAAAUGAUAUUUGCUAAGAAUAAUUGUGUGUUAUGCUAAUUGACAACAGGUGCCUUUGCAGCUCUCAAUAAGAAGUAACACAUCAUUAUUAGUCAUGGUAGUGAAAAGUGCUUAACGGAAAGAAGUACACAGAAUUCAAAUAAUAACAUCUUCUUUACAAUAUAUUGAAUGUUUUUAAAAAAUAUUAUUCUAUAAAUAAUUUUAUGUAUAAUUGUAUGAAAGUUUUGUUUCCUAAAGUGAAUUUGUGCGUGUUCACAAAUGUUUUUAUUAAGCAUUAUAAAUAUGCAUAUAUUAAUAUUAAUAUUAACUGUACAAUUACAGACUGUAGAAACCACCCAAUUUUUAAUAAAAAAUGAUAUCAGAGAAAAUUUGCCAUGUCCAUUACCAUUAACAACUUUAGACUUCAUUCACAAUUUCACAAAACCCAAUUUAGAAAAUGUAUGGCCUUGUGAAGUGCGUUUUUACUGGUUAUCACUGCAACCAUUCGUCAAUAUUGUGCGGUUUUUACUUGGAUACAUAACUCCAUUUAUAAUAAUUUUAGGUGUGUUAUUAAACACAGUUUCCUUUGUAAUGCUAAGUACUCCUAUACUUUGCGAAUCAAAUUUGUCACUUUACUUAAAAACUCUUGCGUUAUCUGAUAAUGGAGCACUGAUUUUCAACUACGCUGUGGGUAUUGCAAAAUCUGACUUCAUAUUUGUUAAUAAUCUUUUCAUGAAUAGCAGAUUUCUGUGCAGUUUAAAUUCUGUUACUAUGGAAUUCUUUCAAUUUACAUCAACUUGGCUUGUUGUAGCGUUAACAUGGACGCGAGUUUUUGUUAUUAUAUUUCCUUUUGGAAUACCUGGUCAUUGUAACAAUUGUUCUGAAAUGAUAACUAUAAUAACUUUAAUAUGUACCAGUUUUAUAAUAUCAUUAACAAAACUAUACUCGGGAGGAUAUGAAACAGAUAGUGUCUUUGAAUUUAUACCAUGCCAAAAAAAAAUAAAACCAUGGGGUAGUGCCAUGUACCUUUACAUUGCUUUAUCAACAUGGUUACCUUUGCUCUUUAUAUUUAUCGGAAAUAUUUUGCUUAUUUUUCACAUGAAAAAAACUGAAAAGAUUCGUAAUCAAUUGACUCAAAAUUUCAGACAGAAAGCAAACAGAACGCAUCAUACAUCUAGAAUAUUAUUUGUGGUAUCAACUGUUUAUUUAGUGUUAUUAUUACCUCUGGGUAUUGUUGAAACUUUGGAACUCUAUUGGGAUGUUAUUCUAAUUAAAUAUCCAGCUACAGGGGCAAAGAAAAAAGCAGAAUAUAUACAUUGGUUGAAAGAAAAGAUGCUAUUAAAAUGGUGUCGUGGAUUAUGCUUCCAUAUAUACCACUGGAAUUUUGCAAUUAAUUUUUUUUUAUAUUAUCUUACUGGUGAGAAGUUUAGGAACGUUGUGAUACAAACAAUGUGCCGCUACAAAACUAGAAUAUUUUCAUUAUUUUGCAAGCAUAUUGACAAAUGUAUACCUUGUUCAAAGUACCCUAUUCAUUUUAAAUGUAUGCAGUCUUCAAAUGUGUCACUCAUAAGAGCUAUUACAUUAAGUAAACAUUCUAUUAAUGAGAUUAAUUCAACACAAAAAAAUAACAACUUUGUUGCAAAUUGUUGAAUAACAUGAAAGAUACAUUGAGAACCUUCUUAAAGACUGUCAGUAUUAAAUAUCAUAAAAUAUUCCUUCAAAUACACAUCCUUUUAUUGUGUACAUUAUUACAUACUUCAUGGCAAGUUUUUACAGUUAUUUCAUUUUUUACAGAUAUAUUGUGUUUAAAUUAUUCUCUUCAUUAUUAUUCUUAUUAUUUUACUUAAUUUAAAAUGAAUACCUUUAUUGUGUAACAUAUUAAUUUGCUUUACAUACAUGACAAAAUUUAUUACUAACAUAGUCAAGUAUUACAUAAUUUUUAAAUAAUUUCGUAAAUCAGAUUUUUAUGUGUUCUAUGCAUGCACAUAAAUUGUUAUACAUAAUAAUUGUAAUAAGGAUUCUUCUUCCUUUUUUUAAAUUAAUUUCGUAUCUGGUCCCAAUAAAUAUCAGGAGAUUUAUAGAAAUUACAGACUUAUUAAUACUGUAGGUCAAUUUUUCUCCAAUUUUUUAAAUCAAUUAUAUAAUAAUUUGGUGAAUAUUAACAGUUAAAAAACAUAUCUUCAUACACGCUCGCACCCACACAUACACUAAUUUUCAUUCACGUACCUUUAAGUAAUAAAUAUACAUGAAAAUAUGUUUCAAUUAAAUAUUUAAAUAUAUUUCAUUGUAAGAUUCAUGUAAUUAUAUAUUUACAUUAAAAUGUAUGAUUUUUUUAAUGUAAGGAAAACUUUUUUACAUUCUUAAAAUACUUAUUUACAUACAUUAACUAUAACAUUAUUUUUGUAUUGGUAACUCGCUCAAUAUGCAUUUAUUAGAUUAAAAAAUAUAAUUAGAUAUCUACUAAACAUAAAUAAUAUUAUAAAUGAAAUAUAACUAUAAUUCAUUAGUAUAUAAUUACUUUUGAUUCUAAAAAUACAGUAUAAAACAAAUUGUACAAAACAGUCAUAACAACUGCUGUUUUUUAUAUAUUCAGAAAUUUGAUCUUAAUGUUUAUUACACAAACAACAAUAAUAUAUGUACAUAUGCAAAAAUACAACUGAUUUAUGUGUGUUGCCCACAGUAAUAUAUAAAAUUUGAAUUGCUUUUCUACAAAUAUUUGACAAUCAAAUAUUUUAUGCUAGCUGGAUUUUAUCCACUCAUUAAGUUGAUUGUUUUAACUAAAAUACAUCUGAUCCUCGAUUUACGCGGAAAUUUUUAUGCGCGAUCUGAAUUUAGUAACACCGAAUGAAUAAAAUGUACUUUUGUUUUCUAAAAUGUCAUUAUUAUUUUUUUAUUAUAUGGUAUAAAUAUGUAUUUUUAAAACUUAUACCAGCUUUUCUUUUCAAUAUUUUCAUGUAAAUCGAGGGUCAGGUGUAUAAAAAAUUAUUACUAUAAAUAUGAAAUCAAGUUUGUGGAUGAUUAAAAACACAAAUAAGAAAACAUAUUGUCUCAAAAAGGAAGUGACCAAAGAUUAUAAAACAUAAGGUAAUAUUGAUGCACAAAGUAGAUAGUUAUAACAGCUGGUCUUCUAAGUAGCCAAAUAUCAGCACCUUAGAUCCAAAAUUUGACUUUUUGUGUAAAUAUAAUAAGAAACAGAUGAUUUAGAUGAUCAUCAAUGGCAAAUAAUAUUCAUAUUUGGUAAAAGACUGACAGCUUUUUUAUAUCGCAACACCCGCAUUCGGAUAAACGGGAGAUUCAAUCGGAAUCAUUGAUUUGUAUGAUUAAAACUGUGAAAUUCAGGAUAAAUCACUGUAAAGCAUGUGGUAUGAUUACAGUUUUUCUGUUAGAAAGUGGUAUAUACUAUUGGGCAAUAAUGCAUAGAGGAGACAUAUAUUAAAAUAAAUGAAAGGCGGAAUAUGCUUCAUGAAUUUCUAAAAGAAUAAGAAAGUAUGCUCACAGAUAUGUAAGUAAAUAUCAAAUAAGAUGCCUCGAUAAAAAGGAAAAAAUUAUAUGAAUGCAUAGAAUGUUUCAACAACAAUUUGUCAAUCAACAACAUUUUCAUUUCAAGAGUUUACCAGAAGUUGAAGCUGCGUAGUAAUUUCUAAUAAUAGGUAAAGUGCUAUUUAAAAGAAAAAUCACACUCCAAAUAACAAAAAAAUUGUCUUGAAACACAAUCGACGAUAAUAUAUGGAAAAUUAACCAUACUAAUAUAAUUGAAGGUUUUUUUCAUGGAAGUUUCUAUUCUGAUGGAUGUUCAGCAUUUGUUAUAGUUAGGCUAAAAUAUACUCAAUGUACAGAACAGUAUGGCCAAUUUGAUGAGCCAAAGUGAUUACAGUUUUCCUCUAUUGUUUACUAGAAUGUAGCAACAUUAUGAUCUUCUGGCACUUUUACCAAGAUCGAAAAGUCAAAAAUUUUGAGGAAUUUGUAUACCAUGAAACUGACAAAUAGGUUGUAAAAUAAAUAAUCUUUUCUAACAAGUUAGAUCUGAUCAUGUACUGAUACGCUGUUAUACCUAAAGGAAGAAUUCAUUAUAAUGACACAUAGUAUAAGAGAAUAAUCAGAAAAAUAAUGAUUUAGAUUUUUGGCAUUUAUGUGACUAAUGAUAAUACUGGGCCAUUUAUAGAAAUGAAUGAUUUAUCAGUUGUUAAAAUGGAGUUGGACUUAAGAUAUUAAUCCUUGGCAGGUGUUGCAUUUUUGUAAGAAAAAAGAUUAAAGAGAUACAUUAAACAAAAUAAAAUUAAUACUUUUGUGCAUAAAAUAGGAAUUGACUUGUGUUAUUAUGGGUGUCCAUAUUUAAAUUCAAAAUAUGGUAUAUAUUAGAUUUAUGCACACAUCACCUGGUUAAAGGUUUUUCACUCUAUUGAUAUAAUGACAGUGGCGAGCAUUAUCACCAUGUUGCAUAAAAUUUUAAUAUUAUGUCAUCAUCAAUAUGCAACAAUAUGUAUUAACUUUAAAGGAAAGAUACAAUUCAAAUAAUAUCUACAAUGUAAGGUAAAUAUUCUUUGA